GCCAAAGAGCGACCGUGCCUGUAGAAGAAGCAGCUCUUCAUGCAAAAAGAUCCACAAUGGGGACUCAAAUAAAAGAUGUGAUCAUUAAGCCGGAUGCCCCGUCGACCCUGCUGCUGGACAAACACGCGGACUACAUCGCGAGUUAUGGCUCUAAAAAGGACGAUUAUGAGUACACGUUGUCGGAGUACCUGAGGAUGAGUGGGAUCUACUGGGGUCUGACGGUAAUGGACCUGAUGGGGCAGCUGCACAGAAUGAACCGCGCUGAGAUCAUAGAGUUUAUAAAAUCCUGUCAACACGAGAGCGGAGGCAUCAGCGCUAGCAUCGGACACGACCCCCACCUGCUCUACACUCUCAGCGCUGUGCAGAUCCUGUGUCUGUACGACUGCAUGGACGCGCUGGACGUGGACAGAGUGGUGGAGUACGUGAAGGGGCUGCAGCAGGAGGACGGAUCCUUCGCUGGAGACAAGUGGGGGGAAAUAGACACACGUUUUUCAUUCUGUGCUGUGGCUACACUGGCAUUACUGGGGAAGAUGGACGCCAUAAACGUAGACAAAGCCGUAGAGUUUGUUUUGUCUUGUAUGAAUUUUGAUGGAGGUUUUGGAUGUCGACCUGGUUCAGAGUCUCAUGCUGGGCAGAUCUACUGCUGCACUGGGUUCCUGUCCCUCACUGGGCAGCUGCACCAGGUGAAUGCAGACCUGCUGGGCUGGUGGCUCUGUGAGCGCCAGCUGCCCUCAGGAGGACUCAACGGACGACCAGAGAAGCUCCCAGACGUGUGCUACUCGUGGUGGGUUUUGGCGUCUCUAAAAAUCAUCGGUAAAAUCCACUGGAUCGACAAAGGCAAACUACGAGCCUUCAUCCUGGCCUGUCAGGACGAGGAGACGGGAGGCUUCGCCGACCGCCCGGGAGACAUGGUGGACCCGUUCCACACGCUGUUCGGAGUGGCAGGUCUGUCUCUGUUGGGGGACGAGCAGGUGAAGGCGGUGAACCCGGUGCUGUGUAUGCCUGAAGACGUUCUACAGAGGAGAGGACUGCAGCCGGACGUGCUCAGCUAGCCCCCACCGCUUAUGUGUGCGCCACAAACUGUUCAAAGACAGACAAGAACCACCUCAAACAUAAAUGGAAUACAACUCAAGACUGGUAAUGCUUUCACGUUUUGCUCAAAUACCAAAUAAGUCACAAACGAUCAAGGUACGACUCAAACAGUUACAAGGACAAGUUCUGCGGGAAGUGCGCUGUGUUAAAGGGCGCAUACUGCUAAUUUUUUUGAUUUUAUAAUGUUGUUUCCUCAUCAAAAAACAUAUCUGGAGUUGUGUUUUGUUUCAUUCACAGUUUAAUUCAACUCAUUUCUACCUUAUGAUGUCAUUCAGUGGUAACACAGAUAGUUCUCCACUGUGUUUUUUGUGUUUUUAAACUCCGCACACUUUCACUAGAAUCAUUUGGAUAAUUUCUGAAACUGGAAUUGUCAAUCUCUAUUGAAUUAACGGUAAAAUACAGCUGUUAACUUGAAAAGUACCAAUUCAUGACAUCACAAGGUGGAACAGAGCAUUUUGAGCUUUGGAGAUUUAGACAGACUAAUAAUGAAGGCUUACUCAAACUUGUGUGAUUGAAACAAAACACAAAUCCAGGUCUGUUUUUGAGGAGGUUACAACAUUAUAACAUGACUAAAACUCAAUUUCAAAGUCAAUUUUAUGUAAUACAGGACUUUUAAAGGUGAAGAUUUCAUUAUUGUGUCUGAAAUGUUCCACAGUAUGGCAUUAAACUUGUAUUCUACCCUGCUCAAAAUUAGGAAUACAUGUUUUAAGGCACUUUUGAGUCACAAAAACACCUGUAAUUGUAAAUGACGGUAGUUUUAAAGGUGCAUUGUGUAACUUUUCUGGUGGAGGGUCCGUCAGAUUCUUUUUCUCCGUGUAAAAGCAACUGCCUUGUCUGGAAAGUUUCACAGUAUGACAUUAAACCUUUCUAUCUUCACGGAGACCAAAUCAGAACAAGUUACAGGUCACUUCAAUCAGAAUGCCUGUUUUUCUGGGUAUUUUUGAGCUAUAAAACCACCUGUAACUGAAUAAAUUUAAGGUAGAGCUGUUUCAUAUCAUACUGUGGAAUAUUUACAUCUCCUUAGAAACAAGCAGGUGAUGGACCCCCAACCAAAAAGUUACAGUAUCUUCAAAAUAAAAGCACUAUGUAAGUUUUCAAAAUGGAUCUAUAAUCUGUUUAAAAUCUCAUUAUCACUAUUUAAUCCAUACAACUGAAGCAUUCCGUAUAAUACAAAGUCUGUACAGCUUUUUAUGUCUCCAUUUUACACCAGACCAAACAUGAAACGCUGGAAAAACGUAUCUUGUGUGUUUAGCCUAUAACCAGUUAAUAGAUGAACUGAAUUAUCAACACUAGCAUAGUACACAUGGUUUCUGUUCUCCUGUUUUAUUGUUUCCCACUCAAAAGCAGUUGUACAACAUCUCUGUGAUGUGUAUAUGUAAAUAAAAACGUAAUAAUUUAAA